UAGCUCCUGUAGCCAGCAGCUUCAAAACUAGCAGAGUUUUGUUCUUUGAGGGUUUGUAACAAGACACAGUCCUCAUUAUAAGAGUUCACACUACAGCAUACGAAAGAGCUGUAUAAAUUGGGAUCACAGUGUACUGUAUUGAUUUUUGGUAUUACACAGAGAUCUGCUCUCUGCUCUCCUGCCUUAAAGCUGAGCAACCCUGUGGCCUAUCUUCCUCCCUUGGCCCUAAAAUGACAGUAAUCUCUGCAAUCAGUUGUGCCUUCUUAUUUUUCAUUCUAUGUGAAACAAGUGCAAUAGCAUUACCCAAUUCCACUGACCUAUUCCUCUCAAACAAAAAUUUCACUGACAUUGAAGCAGCUUUGGCAGCUCACUUGGACUCUGAAAAGAUCCCCAAAGUCAGGAGGAAGCGAUACAUUUCACAGAAUGACAUGAUUGCCAUCCUUGAUUAUCAUAAUCAAGUCCGAGGCAAAGUCUUUCCACCUGCUUCAAACAUGGAGUAUAUGGUUUGGGAUGAAACUCUUGCCAAGUCUGCAGAGGCUUGGGCUGCAACAUGCAUUUGGGACCAUGGACCUUCCUACUUACUGAGAUUCUUGGGCCAAAACCUAUCUGUAAGAACUGGAAGGUAUCGAUCCAUUCUUCAGCUGGUAAAGCCAUGGUAUGAUGAAGUGAAAGACUAUGCUUUUCCAUAUCCUCAGGACUGCAACCCUAGAUGCCCUCUGAGAUGCUAUGGACCCAUGUGCACACAUUAUACACAGAUGGUUUGGGCCACUUCCAACCGUAUAGGCUGCGCAGUCCACACAUGCCACAAUAUGAAUGUCUGGGGAUCUGUUUGGCGACGAGCUGUUUACUUGGUAUGCAACUAUGCCCCAAAGGGCAACUGGAUUGGAGAAGCGCCAUAUAAAGUAGGAGUCCCAUGUUCCGCUUGCCCUCCUAGUUAUGGAUCGGCUUGUACUGACAAUCUUUGUUUUCCAGGAAUAACAUCAAACUACUUAUAUUGGUUUAAAUAAGUUAACACGAGUUUACAUUAUUUUUAAAUAAUAUGGCUGAGAAACAAAAGCUUGUAUAUUGAAUUUUGCACAUAUUUUACAUAUAUAUAUAUAUAGUAAUAAUACCCUUGUUUUCUUUUUAUAUGCUUUUGUAUAAUUAGCUUUCAGAGUACAGUAUAGAUUCAUUUUUAACUCUUUGGAAUGUAUAACUAUAAUUCUCCAUUUCAGGCCAUGAUCAUGUAGAGAAGGAUAAUCUUAAGCAUCUUAAGAAAGUGUAACGUCCUAAAGAAUAGGAGUUCUUGUGGCACCUUAGAGACUAACAAAUUUAUUUGAGCAUAAGCUUUCGUGAGCUAAAUUUGUUAGUCUCUAAGGUGCCACAAGAACUCUCCUUUUCUUUUUGCGAAUACAGACUAACAUGGCUGCUACUCUGAUUCGUAAAGAAUAUGUUCUGUUUGAUAUUAAAAGCAAAUUUAAAAGGGCACUGUCAACUUAAGUCUAAAAUUUGAAAUUAUAGAUACAGGCUCACUGGCAACUACACCAGUGCUUUAAAACUGAAAAAUGUACAAAUGUACAAAAAAAGUACAACUCCUCCCCUGCCCCGAAUACAUUGCCCUCAUCUUGCAAAUGGUUACUCCCAUUUGCACUUUUGCUUACUCCUGCAUAGUCAAUGGGACUCUGAGCAAGAGAAAACAUAUGUGCAGGAGGAACUCCAGAAUUUAGCCUUACGUUAGCUCCCCCAUGCACAACAGUGAUUAAUUUAAAGGUAUUUCAAGAGUUCCACACACCACUGCUGCUAUCAUCAAUGAUGCCUGUGUGGAGAUAGAGAAGUAAAGAAUAGGAAGCCCUCCUGGCCCUUGUACCACUAAGAAAUAUGAUGGAACUGCAACUGUUCACCAACCUGACUAAAGCUUUGUCUAAACUAGAAAGUUGUAUCACUUUAACUAUACUGUAGUUAACAUUGUAGAACCCCAUUAGUGUGGAUGCAGUUAUAUCAGUGUAAAGGCACUUUUUACCAUUAUAACUAUUCCGUAUAGGAAGGGGAAUAACUAUAUUGGCAUAAAACACCUUUAUACGGGUAUAUCUGCAUCCAUACUAGGGCUUUUACCUUAUAAAUAUGUCAGUUUAAACAAAAAAGAUCACAUCCCUAGUUGAAAUAGUCCUAUCGGUAAAACUUCCAAUUAGGCCUAAGUGUUGCACAAUUUUGACUAACGGAUAUCCCAAAUAAAAAGCACAAAGUGAAAAUGGAAUUUUUAUUUAAAAAAUGGUGUGCAACCAAAAAACAGAAUCUGUAAAACAGUUGACAGAGUCCUUUACACAAUCUGGUGAGGCUAUUUCCUGAAAAUUAUCUUUAUAAACCAGCGAAGAAAAA